GGUUCACUGUACGACUGAAGUUGAAGGGAGAUGUCACGGAUAGCGCUGAAAAAGUUAAGAUUAACAGUGGAAGCCCCAUAGAGUUCAAACUAGUCCUCACUGGAACCAGCGGCGGGUUUGGAUGUUAACUGAUGUUGUCGCAAAUAACGGCUGUUCAAGAUAAUGGCAAAAACAUGUCCGGGUCUGUAAAGGCCGAUACCAAAGUAAUAUCCCGGUCGUCAGUGAAUAAUGUUGGUUUCCAAAGUGUGACAGGUUUUGCUUUGGGCUGCGGUGAUUCGCAAGCGGCUUUCUUCAAACCAAUCAAGACGACUUGCUCAUUGAUAUAUCACUUCACAAUAGAGAGCAAACAAGUCGAAGACUGUGUUGGAACGUUUUCAGUGGGUUCCUGGAUGGGAAUCAUCAGUAUCCUCAUCAUGCUUCGCGAUUUGAUGUCGGUUAUUUAAUGUUACAAUCCGUCCAACCUAUGGAUCGAUUUGAUGAUCCUAAACAUAAGCAGACCCGUGAUCAAUGUCAUGCUAGAGAACAUGUGCGGUGAUACAUUUGCUAUUGUUUCUUGAUAUGUCGUUGUUCAUAGAAAGUUGAUGUCAUUCUCGUAUUGUGGUUUUCGCUAUUUAACUUCUCAGUUGAAAUCUUAUGUAUAAAAAAUCGUAGGUGAUAAAC